GGCACGACGGGCGGAGAGAUGGUUCUAGCUCGCAAGUCGGUGGCUGCAUCCACCUUCGACGCUAUGAGACACCCGAGCCGUCAGUUGUAUGCAGUUGAUCCGUGUCAUGGCUUCGCCCCGAUGACGCGGCAUCGCAAGACAGGCAAUUUGGUCGUGAUAGCCUUUUAUAUCGAACCGCACCACUCGAUUACGGGCCCAGUUCACGAGCGGAUGGUUGCACUCACCGCUUUCUUGGACAUGCUGGCGGACCCUUGGAUUGUCCUAGCAGAUUGGAAUAUGUCGCCGUGUCAACUGGCUGACAGCGGCUACCCUGAGGAGUGGGGUGGCUCCAUUCUGGUGGCCCCUGGUUCUGCAACCUGUGAAAAAGGCUUGGGCUCGACCAUUGACUACGCGGUGGUGAAGCGCGGCUGGGAGAUGUCUGUGGUCAUUCGCCAGGUGCGCGAUGUACCAUGGGGAACGCACUGCGGCCUGGAGGUCUGCGCGGGCGAGUCCCAGCCCUGGCGCUUUCGUGCUCUGGCACUCCCUGCAGAUUUGCCUUGCCCCCCCAGGCCGCAGAGACAGGCGGGCCCCAACAGUAAGACAUCAUUGAGGAAGAAGGCAGCGCUAGACCAGAGGCGCAACCAGUUGCCUGACACGUUGCAGGAGGUGUUUGAUGAGUUCACCCAGUCACAGGAGGAUGCAGCAGCGCCUCCAGUCUUGGUUGCAACGGAUGUUGACUAUGUGGACGGCGUCGAUUUUGCCAUUCCCCUGGAUCUCUGGAGGCGGCAUCAGGACGACGUGAGGAGCACGCUGAGCACUCCCGACGAGAAUGGCACGCUGGGCACCUACGACACGCAGGGGCCCCCAGAGAAGGCAGGCUCGCAGCGCCCGCCAGGGAAGACUCGCCAACUGGAGGGGGCCCCAGCUGUCUAUUGUGGGACGGUCGAGGAGAUCGAUGGCAUGCCAUUAAGGGGGGCGGGGGCCCCAAGAGCCCAUACGGGUGGCCACGGGCCUCAAAUCGUGGGAGCGUGCUCGCCCCCCUCGGAGCUGCUCGACAACGUUGGGACUGGCGCGGAUGGAGUUGUUAGAGAUACUGCCAUGCACGCGACGGAUCCCUCGAGAGACAAGUGGAGCACUCUCGACGUCAAUGACGCGCUGAACACCUACGACACGGCUGGGCCCCCAGAGAAGGCGACCACGCUUGUUUCGACCCACUAUGCCAAGUGGAUGUCGACCUUCGAGGCAACGGUUUUGAAUCAUCAUGCGGUUCCUGUAGCGAAGCAAGCCGCCUACUCUGGUAGAGCAAAUGGGGUUCACUUCCAAUGGAAGAAGACUGCGGCUUGCCCUGGACGUACUCAUAUAAAGCACGAGCCUGCAGAAUGGUGGGCUAUUACCUUGACACUGGUUAAGAAGAUUAUCGCGCUGUGCAAGCAUCAGAAGCAUGAGAACCUCGUAAGCUCCAACCUCGCCCUAUUGCAGCUGAGGGUCACGGGCUUCCACGGGAAGCGAGACUUACUGCUGCCGAAGGUUGAGGAGGAUGAGGUAUUCAGAUGGUCUGAGCUAGUACGCACCAUCACGAUCCUGGAUGACGAGGAACGAUCUGAACUCAUAUGCCGCACUGAGGCUUGGUCAGGCCGCGCUGCCGCUCAUGCCUCGUGCCAGUCCAAGAAGAAGUACUCGGGUUGGCUGGCCGACAUGUGGAAGGCGAAGCCUGGUGUCCUGCAUCGACAGGUCAAGCCGCAGGAGCAACAGCGGCUCGAGAUCUACAUCAGUGGCACGACGGCUUCCAACCCGAACCUGAUCAUGGAUGCGAAGCGGCAGGAGUGGGAGAAGGUUUGGACACCUCGCGAGACCAAGCAGCAGAUUCUGGAUGCUCUGGAUAAGGCUCGUCGUCGGAUUAGGGAGGAGCCCCCUGGUGCCAUCGAACUGGAGCAGCUGAAGCGCACCCUGUCUAUCAUGCCAGGCUCCAAGGCGAAGGGUGUGGACAUGAUUGGGCCACGGGAUAUGCUGCGUCUACCUGAG